GUUUAAGGGCCGGUGCUUCCACCCCGAGUCUGUCUUUCGUUUGUUCCUACUACUUCGUCGGCCGUCGCAUCUGCAAGUCGGUUUCUGCGGAAGGCCGGGCAAAGAUGAAGACCAUAUUGGCCUCUCAGACGAUGGACAUCCCGGAGGAGGUGACGGUGACGGUGAAGGCGAAGUUCGUGAAGGUGGAGGGGCCGAGGGGCACCCUCACCCGGGACUUCAAGCACCUGAGCCUCGACUUCCAGCUCACCGAGGGAGGUCGCAAGCUGAAGGUGGACGCGUGGUUUGGGUCGAGGCGCACGAUGGCCGCCAUCCGCACCGCCAUUAGCCACAUCCAGAAUCUCAUCACCGGCGUCACCAAGGGCUACCGGUACAAGAUGCGAUUCGUCUAUGCUCACUUCCCCAUCAACGCCAGCAUCACCAACUCGAACACGUCCAUCGAGAUCAGAAACUUUUUGGGCGAGAAGCGGGUGAGGAAGGUGGACAUGUUACACGGCGUGACUGUUCUUCGUUCAGAGAAAGUUAAGGAUGAGCUGAUAUUGGACGGGAACGAUGUUGAGCUUGUGUCCCGAUCUGCUGCAUUGAUAAAUCAGAAAUGCCAUGUGAAGAACAAGGAUAUAAGAAAGUUCCUUGAUGGUAUCUAUGUGAGCGAGAAGGGAACCAUUGUGACCGACGAGGCAUAAAUGUCAAGCAUAUUUCCUGUAGCAAGCAAUUUUGUCUCUUGUUUACUGCAGACCCCUAGAUUUUUCUUCUAUUUUUCCGUGGAACAAAGUGUUUUUUUUCAUUCUCUAUGAACGUUGGUAGGUUGCAUUGGUAGGAUCAGGUUAUUUGAAAUGUCAGUUGGAACUUGGGUAUUCUUAAGAUAUUUAUGCUUUUUAUGUGUUCUCUAA